ACUGUCAAGGGUCGCCCCACUCGUUGACAGUACUAAGGGAGGAUCAGCAUGAUGUGUGUGGCUGUUUUGGGCCAGUCACCACUGCCCUUUCAUUAUUCUCUUCAUCCUUCAUGUUUGAGCUUGCUGAAGAGGCAAAUAGGCUUGUGAACUAAGUGGAAGCUCUUGGUGAAAUAGUUGAACAACUGGGUAAAAAAGGCUGGAAUUUCAAUUUGAAACAUUAUGACAAAAACUUGAACUGGCAAACACCAAUAGUGGACUUCUCCCUUAUGUAUGACUGUACUGUCAAUUGCACCUGCCUUUCUGAUGAUGAAUGUCACAUCAGUGCCAUCUAGAAAUUUCAGGAUGCAGACAAGAUUAGAAAGAUUGAAGCAAAUUCAAACAAAAACCACCAUGCCCAUGGUUUGCGAUGAUGAUUUCAAUUGGUAUCCUUGUAAUUGCAUUGCUUCUUGGGCAUAUAAUCAACGCAACAGUGAAUCGAAUAGCCAAAGUUGAGGAUGAUUACCAUGAGAUGAUGGAGAUGAAGAAACGAGCAGAGGCAGCUGAUGUUGCUAAAUCACAGUUCCUUGCUACUGUGUCCCAUGAGAUCAGAACCCCAAUGAAUGGUGUUCUUGGAAUGUUGCAGAUGCUAAUGGACACAGAUCUGGAUGUAACUUAACAAGACUAUUCAGAACUGCACAGGGCAGUGAAAGAGCGUUGGUUUCACUAAUAAAUGAGCUUUUGGACCAAGCAAA